AGUUUUAUACAUUACAGAUUGACUCAAAAUGCAAAAAAACGUCGUUAUGAUCUGGAUGACUGUGUGUGUUAUCGCAGUUAUAAUAACCGCAAGUCAAGCAGCACCAUAUUCUCAAGAGAGGCAAAUAUAUUUAGAUCAGCUGGAAAAUGACCCAGAGGCGUUUUAUGAAUUAAUCUCGCAAUAUAACAAAUUGAGAGAAUUAGAAAACACCAAACGAGCGUAUGGUUUGGACUUUGGAUUAUCUCGUGGCUUUAGUGGCUCUCAAACAGCUAAGCAUUUAAUGGGAAUGGCAGCUGCCAAUUAUGCCAAUGGGCCCGGUCGGAAGCGACGAUCUGAACAGCCUUAAGGAAGUAGACGAGAAAGUAUUCAACAAGAAAUAAAUAUAAAAUAAUCAAAAAAAUGUUAAAAUAUUUAUGAAAGAAAGCAACAAAAAAAAUUAGUCGUUUAUUUAAAAUAUAAUCAGUAUUGCAAUUAUUAGAGUAAAUGAUAAUAGUUUCUUGGUUGAAUAAACAAUUAAUAUUAUUAUUAAUUGUUCGUAGAAGAUUUAAAGAAGAUGUUUGAGUUAUUAAAUAUUUCGAGUAGGUUACUUUUUACGUGCAAUAAAAAUAAAAAAAAAGAGAUAUAAUAAUAAUAAUAAUAACUAUGUGUAAUUACAAGACAGUAAAUAAUUAAUUAUUGUAAUCAACGUUGAUCUAUUAUGCUCUUCAUGUUUAUAGUAGAAAACUAGAGAUUAAAAAACCUUACUGUAAUUAAUACUUGAAAAAAAAAAACAAAUUAAAACUGAUAUCAUUUUUUAUAUU